CGUCGAAGACUUGACGCACCUCCUUUGAUGCCCUUUGAGGCAUUCUAUGCAGGCCCGGAUCAGUCUGACGCAGCUUUGUCGGCAUCGUUGGCAGCAUGGAAGGGCAGGCAAGAAGAAAGAAAGCGCUAUAUGCCAGACUGGACGGACGAGACGCAUUUGCCAGCAACGAUGGCUUGGCUAAAGACGCAAUUAGGCUCACUGUACCCCUCAGAUGAUGCAGCGCAACAAGCGAAUCGCGCUCAAACUGCUUCUGCCAAAUCGGCGAAGAGAUCAGCGCUAAAGCCCCUCAGCGUUCCUCGGUUGACGGCUGAGACGAGCGCAAAGGGUAAGCGAUCACCGGAGGCUGAAGCGCCAAAGCCCAAGCGAGCCAGACGGCUCAAGCCGCUCACGGAUAUACAGUUUCGCAGGCAGUUCCCCAGCAUUGCUGAUUACGCGCAAUAUCUCGCAACGCCCGAAGGCCGCGAUUCUGUCGUGUCCCUCGCUUCGCCCAUCACGCCCGGCUCGAACGAUUACCUACAAGGCUGCCAUAUACUACUCGUGGGACGUACGCUCGAGAUGACGAGAACGAGAAGGUUACACAUGGAUCGUAUCGUGCAAGCGGGCGGGACCAACCAGCGGGCCCUCGAUGCUCAGACGACUCACAUUGUCGCUCUUACAGACCCGCGCAGACCGCCAACAGAUUCAAAGUAUCACCUGACUAUGAUGGACGUAUUGCGUCUACUGGGCAUGUCAUCGGUGCGCCCUAUCUGGCCGGACGGGCGAUCGCCCAAGUCGCGCGCUGAUAACAAAAUCUUCAUAGUCGACCAGGAAUGGCUCUCCGAAUGCAUGGAGCAUUCUAAUCGAGCGCAAGAGUUUUUCAAUACCAUCGAACGCGAUGAUCCUGAUGCACCUCAGAUAGAGCCAGAGCCUAUACCUGAUGAGAUACCUCGACGGGGCAACCGCAGCAGCAGAGUUCCGGCUGCCUUGCAAAGUCUCGAUAGUCAGAUCAGUGCUUAUCAUACUUCAGACGAGCCGAGAUCGCAACGCUCGCCUUCUCGCCCGGUCACCAGCGUCAGUCCUACGCCAGAAGCGCUCAAGACGUCACCGGAAGCACAAGCCGUAGCUUGGCCCUGCAAGGCAUCAGUCAGCAUCGGCGCAGUCGACGAUGAUUUUGAGGCGCUGCUAGAGGCGGCUAGACGGGGCGAAGACGAUCCUGAUCGUGAGCCGGACGAAGUAGAGGAUGAGCUUGACUUUUCGAAACUCGUCUAUACGAAAGAUCUUGAUUCUCAGAUCUCGAGUGAGGACGAGCACGCUGGUCAGACCGCUUUCCGACCACGCGGCAGAGGCAGAUACAGAUUCGAGCUUGAGAACCCCGAAGGCCAACGAGCGAUCGAGGGCGGGCCGAACGAGGAUAUCUGUCAAGUGCUUGAUGGCAUACACGAUGCGUACGACCCAAAGGACACGUUUCAGCGUAUGGGCAUUCGUAAAGCACAAUCGGCACUGCGCAGAAGCUCUGUGCGUAUCGACACAUUUGACAAAGCAUUCGCGCUCAAGGGCGUUGGCGAGUCGAACGCAUCCAAAAUAGUCGAGAUUGCGCGUACGGGCAAUCAUCGCAGGCUUACCAUCUUCGCUCGAGAGGGGCAAGAAACAAAAGCGAUGCUCAACAAGAUCUAUGGCGUUGGCUUUCGCAUUGCCGAGAACUGGUACAAAGCAGGUGUGCGGACACUAGAUGAUCUCCGAACAAAUCCUCUCAGAUACGGCAUCAAGCUCAACGAAGGACAGCAGCUCGGCUUACAAUACUACGACGAGCUCAAUCAGCGUAUGUCAAGAUCAGAAGCUACACAGCUAUACGAGACGAUUCAGAACACCUGCAGACGUGUCGACUUGAGAACGCAAGUCCACCUGAUGGGCAGCUACCGCCGCGGUCAACCCACUUGUGGUGACAUCGAUAUUCUCGUGACGCGCGACACACGCGACGGUCGUACUCACGCCGGCGUCAUUCCACGUCUGCUUACCUUGUUGAAAGAAGGCAACAUCGUUCGACACGAUCUCAGUCUGCCGCAUGAUCCUAACGCGCUCGAUGCCAAAUGGAUGGGUCUCUGCAGCUUACCCGGAGGCAUACACCGUCGCAUCGAUAUUCUUGGCGUACCCUUUGAGCAGCUUGGCGCCGCCCUCAUCUACUUCACGGGCAAUGAUAUCUUCAAUCGCAGUCUUCGUCUGAAGGCCCGCCGGAUGGGUUACUCGCUCAAUCAGCGAGGACUCUAUGCCGAUCUGAUCAGAGAUCACAAGACGAAGCUCAAGGUCACAGAGGGUCAUAUCAUUGCCUCUGCGACAGAAGAAGAGAUCUUCGCAAUCCUCAAAGUACCCUGGCGACCGCCCGACGACCGACUGCCUUGAUAAAUUCCAAUUUACGUAUAUCACAUGAUGUUGUCAGUACAGUAAAGCAAUAUGUAUAAACGCGAGCGAGUAUUCAUCACAUCGGACCGCCCGUCAGAUCAGACCAGACGUUCGGAUUGUCCCGCAAGCUUCUCAUCCAGGCUUCUUUUUGCUCUUGCGUACAGCCUUCGGGCG